AUGACCAACGGAAAAGGUGGGCCGCUUCUGUACGGCGCCUUUCCUGCUGCCUUCUUGGCCGCAAAAGACUGUUGUCUUCUUAGCCACAGAAGAUUGUUGUCUUCUUCGCCACGAAACAAUGUGCCGACAAACCUCCGCUUUUCGUGGCCGUUGCCACUGAUCGAAAGAUUAAAACACAACACGUCACAGAGUGUUUAUAUCUCUUGUACCGCUUUUUAGGCUUUGCCCCGGCUUUGUUUCUUACUUUUCCUUCGCGUUUUACAAAUUUCAAUUUAAAAUUUUAAAAAGAUUUUGCUGAGACCUCCGUUAAUGUAACGGACUAUUCAACUUACUAGGGCAUUGCACAACUUAUUCCUUGGCUUUUAAGAUGAGACCUACCUAAAAGAGCCUAAAAAUUUAAAAUAUCUUCAAAAUUUAAAUUUUUAUUAAUUUUAGGUACCAAUAACAUAAAAACAACUAAUUUCAGGACCAGAAAGCCUAGAUGCCCUGAAGCAAAUUACUCAAAAGGACAAUUAUGAACAUCGUCUGAUGAGAUACAGUAAAUUCUACAGUAAGGAUGGUCGAUUGGUUGAUAAAGGACUGGUCGUCUUCUUCAAAGGACCACAUUCGUUUACUGGAGAAGAUUCUGUAGAGUUUUAUGUUCACGGUAGUCGAGCUGUAGUUGACUUGAUGCUGGCAGAGCUGGGCAAACUUCCACAUUUAAAGCCGGCUGCUCCUGGAGAGUUCACUAAACGGUAGGUUUUGGUUUUUUAAAUUGUGUGAAAAAUGUUAAAAUUUAUUUUUAAAGGAUAAUUUUCAAGAUGUUUCAAAAUUUUUGUUUAAAGGUUAAAAGUUUGGGUCCCACCGCGAAAACUUUCAAGUGCUAAUUUUUGUUGUAUACUACUUCUAUGACAGACAAAACAAUACUUUUUAAGAAAUUUAGCAAUAAUUUUUCAAUAAAAACAAUUUUUUUUCAUUUAAAAUUUUAAAUUUGGGUCCCACCACGAAAACUUUCAAAAUUUACUUUCCAAUAAACUAUGGCUUUAAAAUUGUAAAAAACUGUAUUUCAGAGCAUUUUUCAAUGAAAAAAUGGACUUAACUCAAGCAGAGUCCUUAAACGAUCUUAUCCUGGCCGAAACCCCCGCCCAACUACAUCUAGCCAAUCGCAUGAACAAUAUCUCCAAACAAUUGAACCCAAUCCGCCAAAACCUCAUCAACUUAACCGCCGAACUUGAAGCCAACAUUGAUUUCGGCGAAGACGUUCAGAAUCAACAAGGCGAAUCCUGGAAAGAACGAAUGAAAAAUACAGUAACCCGGCUGAUUACGGUAUUCGAGGAGCUGAUAAAAACCGCCAAAAAGGGAAUUUUGAUAAGAGAUGGGGUUAAAAUAGCGCUGAUUGGGAGGACGAAUGUUGGGAAGAGCAGUUUGAUGAAUAGACUGGCUGAAAGAGAUGUUGCUAUAGUAUCAGAUAUACCUGGCACGACGAGAGACAGUCUAGAGCUGAAGAUACGAAUGGCAGAUCUGAAUGUUACCUUGUUUGAUACGGCUGGUAUUAGAGAAACGAAUGACAUACUGGAACUGGAGGGGAUUAAACGGAGUAGAUCAAGGUAAGCACUGAAAGGAUUUAUAUUGUAGUAGGUAUAGGUGGGAGGAUAGAUGUGCUCUGAAUAGGGGACAUUUUUGAAGGGGGGGGGGAGGGGAAAUGAGUAGACGUAGCUAGGGGUAUUUUCUUUCUUUACCUUUGUUUUUGGGGGUGGUAGCAGCUUAUUAAAGUGAUUAUAUGCAUUGGAAUGGCAGAAACCUGGGCUUUUGUUGAAAGGAGAAGGUGAUUUUAAACUACUGUAUCUUUUUUUCUUAUUUCCAAUUUAUAAAUUUAACAUGUACUUUUACGAAGUCGUAUUUUACAUUUUCCUAAAGUUUGAGCUAAAGCAAGAAUUUUUCCUUCAAGAUACAGCUGAUUUUAUCUUAACCAUGAGACCACCAAAUUUCAGAGCAGAAGAAGCCCAUUUACUGGUACUAGUAGUCGCUCCAUUACCUACAAAUGUUUGUACACAGUAUCUUAUAAAUGAGGUUGAUUCAUUACUGUCAGGUUUCUCAAAUAAUUCUAACAAAUUCGUCCUUAUCAACAAGUUUGAUCUGAUGCACCAAGAUAUGAUGGAUAAUAUCAGAAAAGGUCCGUUUUUUCUUCCAAACUUGAGCUAAAAUAGUAUCAAUUUAUAGCUUAUGUCAAAGCUGAAAGACCUUUAGAUAACUUAGUAAAAUUUCAGCUUAUCCAUCAGAGAAGAUUCUACCAAUUUCAUGUCACAAUGGUCAAGGUAUCUCUACAUUAAUAUCGAUUUUGGAGGAAAAUGUAAAAGAGUUGACCAGCAUUGAGGAAAAUGAAAUGGUAUUGAGCAGAGAAAGGCAUUUGAAUCUACUAUUUGAAGGAUACGAGGGUUUACAGAGUUUUGUGGAUAAUAUUGACGUAGAUACAGCUCUGGCCGCCGAGAACCUUCGAGAAUGUGUUGAUGUCAUAGGUGAAAUUACUGGUGUUAUUAGCAAAGAAUCUGUUUUGGACAAGUUGUUUUCCUCUUUUUGUGUUGGAAAAUAG